GCUGUAACGCUCUAUUUCACUCCACCCACUAUCUCUCUCCUCUCCAACACAAAUCGUCGUCGGUAUUGGAUUCAAUGUCGAAGGGAAUGUUCUCUCGACCGGCAGGGAAUUUGGCGGCGAUGGCAGCUAUACUAGUUUUGGCUGUGCUUCUAAUGGCGGCCGCUGGGGUGGAGGCGAAGUCGAAGCUGAAGACAUGCAGUAAGGGGUGGGAGUGUACGGACUCGAUAUACUGCUGUAACGAGACAAUCUCCGACUUCUUCCAGGUUUACCAAUUUGAAAAUCUCUUCUCCAAGCGCAAUUCUCCUGUAGCGCACGCCGUCGGAUUCUGGGAUUACCACUCCUUCAUCACUGCCUCGACCGCUUACCAGCCCCUCGGCUUCGGCACCACCGGAGGGAAGAAGAUGGGGAUGAAAGAGGUGUCGGCAUUCCUUGGCCACGUCGGCAGCAAGACUUCCUGCGGUUAUGGAGUGGCAACGGGUGGUCCACUUGCAUGGGGACUUUGCUAUAACCAUGAGUUGAGCCCAAGCCAAUCCUACUGCAAGGAAGACUAUCUUUAUCCUUGCACAGCUGGAGUUGAAUAUCAUGGCCGAGGUGCUCUUCCCGUCUACUGGAACUACAACUAUGGCCUCAUUGGUGAUGGGCUAAAAGUUGAUCUUCUGAACCACCCUGAGUACUUGGAACAGAACGCUACUUUGGCUUUCCAAGCUGCCAUGUGGAGGUGGAUGAACCCCAUUAAAAAGAAGCAGCCAUCAGCUCAUGAUGUCUUCGUCGGGAAUUGGAAACCCACAAAGAAUGACACUCUGGCGAAAAGGCUGCCUGGCUUUGGUGCCACCAUGAACGUUCUUUAUGGAGAUGAGGUUUGCGGCCAGGGCGAUGUAGAUUCCAUGAACAACAUCAUAUCUCACUACCAGUACUACCUCGACUUGUUGGGCGUUGGCAGGCAGAAUUCAGGAGAAAAUCUAGAUUGUGCUGAGCAGGAGCCCUUCAACCCAACUGUCCAACCUGCUUCUUCAUAAGCCCGCCACUGUUUGAGGAAUGAAUUCUUUCUAAAAUUCAGUGUUUUUAUUCCCUUAUUCUAAAACUUUGUUAUUUCGUAUAUGUGGUUUUGAUGUUAUCAUCAUAUAUGGCAGUGCUAUGCCCGAUCAUAAUAUAUUGUAUAUUGUGAGUUUAUGGGAUCUAUUUGGGACAAAAGGUUGAUUAUUGUUACUUCGUUUUUAAGUAUCUUAUUUGUUAUGCCUACGAAUAUGUAACCAGGGUUAAGUUUUUGUUGAUAAAAUCUGUUGCAAUCUUGUAUUGUUUGAAGUUUGAAUUGAUGAUAAAGUGGUUGUUUUGUGUUU